AUGAGUAUACUGAAGAAUGAAGUGCAAACGAAACGUGUUGUUAAAUGUAUGCCUCGAACACUUGUUCAAAAAACUAAUAAAGAAUUUGACAAGUGUGCCGAAUUAUUGCGAAAUAUUUUAAGUGUACAAGAAUUGCGUCGAAGUUCAAAAUCAAAUAACGUUGAAUCAAAAGUACACCAACGUAAAAAAGGCAAUCAAAAACCGGCCAAAGGAAAUGUUAUACAAAAAUCUCCAACUAAAUCAACUGCAAAUGAUGAAAGACGUUCGCCAUACUCUCAUCCAACAACAACGCGAGACUAUAAUUCAGUUAAAACAGAGGAUCUAAAAAUUCGUAGUCCUGGAAAAUCGCGUAGAACAAUUGUUAAUAACGCACCAAACACAUCAAAUGGCAUCCAUGACUCUGCUCAUCGAACAAACGGUGUUAGUGUGUCUAGUGCCACUGCUACUGUUAAUGAAAUAAAUCAGACAACCGCAACACGUCGUAAUUUGCUAUCAUCAUUGACAUCUUCAUUAGUAAAUGAAAAAAAUAAUCGUCGUACAUCACCAACAAAACAACGUUUAAAUCAUAAGAAAGAAAAUAUACUUUAUCGAAGUUCAUCGUGUGGCGAUAUACCUCGACGAGAUCAUCAUCACCAACAAACUGUACAUAGUUCUCUUUCUUUAUCAUUACAAUCAAAAUAUAUGUCAAAUAUGUCAAUUUAUCGUACAAAAUUAGUUGUUAAUGAAAUCACUGCACAUCUAACAAAUGUGAAACAAAUUUCAAAAGAGUUAAAAUUACGUGUAGGAGGAGAAAAACAAGAUAAAGACAUGCUAAGAUUGUGGGAACAACUUGAACAAUCAAUAACAUUUGCAUUAACCUACACGGAUGAUCAUGGCAUUAAUGUUGAUUUACAAAUGGCAUUACAACCACUCAGAAAUGAAAUUGUCGAUCUAAGGAGACAAUUACGUACUGCAAAUGCCAGCAGUCGUGAACAUGAAGUAAAUCAACGGAAUAUUGAAGAGCGUGAACAAUUGGCAAAUGCUCAAUGUCAUCAUCUUCAAAAAAAGCUUGAACUAAGUCAAACACAUUUGACAAAUUUAUUGUUUUCUAAUCAAGAGAUAAAAGCAAAAUGUGAGACAUUACAAGAAAAAUUAGCCAUAUUAGAAAAAGAGAAUAUACAAUUAAUUGAACGUUGGACACAACAAGAUCUUCGAUCAUCUCUCAAGAAUCGUACAUCACUAACAAAAUUAGAUUCUGAUAAUGCUCAUUUUUUACUACGUAAGCAGUUAAUCACAUUGAAAGAUAAAGUUUAUCAUUUAUACGAAGACCUUGGCUAUGCUCAUAAACGAAAUAAUACGAUGGAAAUGGACAAUAUUGAAAAGUCGAAAGAAAUACAGCAAUACAAACAGCACAUAAAUGAUCUGAAACAAAUGUCUCAAUUUUUAAUGCAAGACUUGGAAAAUAUUACUGUACAUAUUCGUUCAAUGUUCUCUAUUGAUCUUUUACAAAAAUUAACAAAAUUAUUAAUGACUAUUGAGCAAUUUAGUAUUCAUAAAAGUGUGAAAACGACCAAUUCCAUGAAUCUACACGCUAGCAAUUCCUAUUUGAAAACAGCUAUUAUACCUGUUUUAGAAACACCUCAACGAUUGUCAAACAAUCAGCAUGAACAAACUACAAAAUUGCGUCUAAAACAGCCCUUAUUUGUUUCACCACAUGCAACCGUGACUCAUACUACCAUUCUUAAUGACCUUGGUUCUUAUCAACUCUAUCCAAAUCGUACAUCAGCGUAUGAUGAAAUAAAACAAAAAAUAAUCCCUCCUCAAACUCAACCUACCUAUUUGAAUAAUACUAUUACCGUUCAAGACUCAUCACCUUCUAGUUCAUCACGUGCAACAAUCUAUGAUGCCGAUUCAACAUUAUCAUCGAGUGAUGGAUAUAUAACAGCUGUUAUUAAGCAAGUUCAAAAAUAUUCAUCAAAUUCAACUGUCGGUGGAUUUGUCUAUCAGACAGAUAAAAAAUCGACUACUCUCUAUAAUAGUUUGCCAACCUUGACAAAUGAAGAGACAGUGACUACCAAUGUGGGUGCGUCUCGUCCGUCAGCUUUUACUGUUGUUCCAGCCUCAAAUCAACGUUAUAAUAAUCGACAGUCAGCUGAUUUAAAUGAUAGUGAUGGUGAUUUUGAUCAGAUCAGUGAUUUGACAUCAAAAAUAUUUAGUAACAAUGAUGAAGAUGAAGUCGAAAAUGAUAUUGAAUCAUCAUCACUCUCAACUGUACCAUCUGAAAUUUAA